AUGAUCACACAAGAGAACAGAGAUGAGCUUCAAGAGAAGGGGUACACAGUUGUCCCUGGAGUUAUGACAGAAGCUGAGUGUGAUAAUCAGAUUGCUUCAUAUCGCAAGUGGCUGAAUACUUUUCCACCUGGAACAUUUCCUCAAUGUAAAUUUUCCCUCAUUCAGAGAUAUCGCAUUGGUCACAUGGAACCAACCUGGUGUGUUCGACUAAAAGCGUAUCCAGUGUUUUCACAGCUUUGGCAAACUGAUAAACUGCUGACAAGCUUUGAUGCUGUAGCCAUUGGUCGUCCCCCAGAGAAUGGUCAGGAAGAGUUCUGGAGUCCAGAUCAGUCAUGGCUUCAUUGUGACCAGUCUGCUGACCGAGAAGGGCUGCAUGCUUAUCAGGACUGGACUUUUGAGGUCAUUGAGGGGUCACAUAAACACUUUGAUGAUUUUAUGGAGAAAUUACAAAAGAUUCGUUGCGGCAAAGUUUCAAAAGAGGAUUUAAAGUGGUUUGCUGAAAGAGGAUGCUAUCGAAAGCGUGUUGCAUGUCCAAAGGGUGGUAUGUUAUUGUGGGACUCUCGGCUCCUGCAUGCAAAUGCUAGACCAGUAAAAGGAAGAGAACAUCCAGACAGAUGGAGAUAUGUUGUUUUUGUAUGUAUGACUCCUGCAGCUUGGGCAUCUGAGAAAGACAUAGAACUUAAAGUUGGUGCAUAUAAUAAUCUCCUCCUUACGGGGCACUGGGCAUCAAUGGGGAUCAACGUCUUUCCAUCGAGACUGUCGGAAGGAAGUGUUGAAGAUGCCAAUCCUCUUGUUGAGCUGCCUGAUGUGGCCACUUCUGAGCUUGCAAGGAGAUUGGCUGGUGUUCUUGCCUAUGAAGAAACUGUUGAGGAUGAAGCUUCACAGUAUAUUCCAAAAUACAGACAUGUUGACUGGAAUUAA